AAAGUUUUCGUAAUAAGGUAUACAAUUAUCGUGAAUAAAGAUUUUCUAGAGGUACAGUUAAAGAGCUUAUCAUCUCCUUGACAAGUAACUAUGGCGUCCUCUUCGACAACAGUUGGAUUGUCCCACUUUCCAUCUUCUACAAAAAUCCCAAAUAAAAAAAUCCCCAAACCCUUAUCAGGCUCAAUCAGGACCCUUAAUCUCAAGAAGAAAAAUCAAUCGAAUAGUCGAGAAUUGAAUGUUAGUGUUAAAGCCUCAGUGGGUGCAAGUGGGCCUCCUUCCGUCACCGCUGGGCUGUAUUCCUCAGACCAAUUCGAGCUCACCAUUGAAAACGUCGACAAGGUUCUUGAUAACGUCAGGCCUUACCUCAUCGCGGACGGCGGAAAUGUCGAUGUCGUGUCUGUUGAAAGCGGCGUCGUUUCUCUCAAGCUUCAAGGAGCAUGUGGAAGCUGUCCUAGCUCAACAACUACAAUGAAAAUGGGUAUUGAAAGAGUUCUCAAGGAAAAAUUUGGUGAUGCAAUCAGGGAUAUUUGUCAAAUAAAUGAUGAACAAAUUAGCGAGACAACGGUUGAGGCAGUGAAUUGUCAUUUAGACAUUUUAAGGCCAGCCAUUAAGAAUUUUGGUGGAAGUGUGGAAGUAUUAUCUAUCACAGACGGGAUUUGCCGAGUAAAAUACGAGGGACCUGAUUCUAUUGGAUCUGGAAUUAAAGCAGCUAUAAAGGAGAGAUUUCCUGAUAUUAUUGAUAUCGAGUUCACUAACUAGAAGAAAACUCAGACUUUCAUGAAGGCAUUUUUUUUCAUGGCUUUGUUAGAGUACCAUUUUUUAAUUAUUUUUUUUGGCAGUUUGAAUGGAAAUCAAAUGUUAUGCAUGCCAGGAAUGUAAUUCUAUGCACAGUACAUAUAUAUCUUGUUCCUAAUAAGUAGUCUUGAUUCUUGAACUAAGUAGCAACUACCUAUAUGAAAAAUGUAAUAUUUUUUAAAUAUUAA